GAGUUAUUAUUAUUGUCCGUAAAUAGGCCUGCUAAUCCUCUUAGGGAUAAACGAGAUGUCUUUAACUGGCCAGGGAUAGGGAUUUGGUUGUUAUUGAAAUGUUAGGCGCGCGAAGACCGGGUGUAUCGCUGUAUCUCUGUCAUCUAACCAUUCGGUUGUGAUGCAUGGUGACUUUUAGAAACUCUUUAUCAUUUCUUCAUCCAAACAUUUCUGAAGUUUUCCUCAUGCCGUCUGUUUGCGUUAAUCCGCCCUCCUCAGGUUUUAACAUAUUGUUCAGUACUCAGGCGUUUUCAUGAGUUUAAAAUCUUUGGUUGAACUUUCGAAUCAAUAAGAUGGACUUCCAUGCUGCAAUGGAAACCUUCGCUGAAGCAUGGGUGGCAGCAAACACCCCGACAGCUGUCAAUACAAGCGAGAUUUCGCAGGUUGCACCCACUGAGGAAAUUCCUUCACAAAUUCAGAUGGAGCAAAAAAUCAAAAAGAGGAGCAGUUCCAAUUCCCCUGGCCAGGGGCUGCCCACAGCAGGUGCUACUGGAGUGAAAUCUUUACCAAUCCAUUGUGUCAUUGAACAAACAAGUGGACCUUUGACCUUUGAACCAGAGAACACUGCCACCUACAGUGUAGAGCUGGACACUUAUGCUAUACUACCCUGUACUACCCUGUUUUCAGAACUUGUACGCACAGCACUCAUCAAACUGGGUUACAAUGCAAAUGAGGCGAUGAAUGCUAAAGGUGCCAUCCAAAUCAAGAAUUGGAAGCCCCUGAAUUUUGAGUCCAUUACAGAUGACAACAAGUGCACGAUAGAGGACAUCUUAGGGGACCUUACUCAGACAGCUAAACUUCGAAUUCGACUCUGCAGCACAGCCAAACUCAGUUCCACAGAUGAAAUCAAAGGGAAAUUACUCCAGCUGCUCUUAACUCAAUCUCAAGGCAUUCUAAUGAGCUCAGGUUGUCCCAUUGAAAAAGAUCUGCUUGCAUCCUUAAGUAAAGGGGACAGCUUUUCGCAUCUUCCUCCAGAAAUCAGGAAGUCGUUUGAUAAAUGGUACCAAGACCUGCAGAAGCACAGUGAAGAGGCCAGACAUUCAAAUGCCUCUACCCCAGAAAAGAACCCCUCUCCCCCUCCUAGAGAGCCUCAGAGCUAUCUAACAAACCAUGCCCCUCUGCAUGGCAAAACAAGAAUGAGAACCUCUUUUGACCCAGAGCAUGAAAUUCCCCGCUUGCAAAAAUGGUUUUCUGAAAACCAGCACCCCCCUAGAGAGAUGAUGAUUAAAUACCUUGAGGAGCUGAAUUCACUAGAUUCCAGGAAAGGACGAAGGCCUCUAGAUCUCACCAAUAUCAUUUACUGGUUCAAAAAUGCAAGAGCUGCACAUAGGAGGGCCUCCAAAUGCUUUGAUGGUGAUACAUCGUUUGAAGGAGAUGAAGCUACAGAAGAGAGUACUAAUGCUCCAGAUAAUGGUUGUUUUAUGAACACCAGAAAUCUUCCAUACAUGUUACCUUAUCCGUUCCAGGGUAUUUAUAGUUCCCAUGAUAUUUUAGGAGAUGCUCUGAAAGAACCGUGUGAUCUCUCAAAGACAGGUCAAAGAGCAAGGAUGAACGUUUCAAAGAAAGAAGAUGAAGCAGAUAUUGCAAGUAAGCCUGAUAUUGAAAAGGUAAAAACUGAAUCCUCAAAAAGUUCUGAUGCAGAAAUGGACAAGUCUGAUGAUGAAAGAAGCAAUGAGGGGCAUGGAAUCUCAAUUAAAAAAGAGAGUGCUUCAAUAUCUGAUGGUGAAAAGACACCAGAGGUGGGAGAUGCACCUUAUCUGCCAAACAGAAAUGCUGUUUAUAUUCUGCCUCAUCAAUAUGGCCAGUAUAAAAAUAGCCAUGAUGAUGAUGAGGAACCCAGGGAACCAUGUGACUUGUCAAAUUCUCAUAAAUCUAGUCAAGGAAAGAAGGAAAUGCUGGACACUGCUAACAAUAAUAGAAAACGAAAGAGUGUCUCGGAUGAUGAACAGGAGAAAGAAAACUCGAAUGGCAAGGCAGACUCGGUCAACAGGUACAAUACUGAAAGAAGGAGGUCUUCACAGGAUUAUCCAAAUCACUCCAGGCGCUCAAGCAAUGGCAAUUCGGAGGUAUUUAACUCAGGAUCUGAUGACGAUGAAAUGGAGUCGGAUAUAGACGACAGCCAAUCCUACGCAGGGUCAGAAUCUAGUCAUGAAAUGAAAGAUGGUGCCCCAAUAAGGGAAGCUCACAUGGGCAGUUACAACACAAGUACACUCUCACGACUGCAGCAUAGUGCUGCAGGAUUACACCAACCACUCCACAUUCCCCAUUUCCCUCAUCCCCUGGCCAUGACUUACUUUCCCAUGAACAGUCAUUUUCUACAGCAAACAACUAGGUACCAGCAACAGCAGAACUCACAAGCCAUGUCUAGUGAUGAAUCUCCCACAGAUCACCACAUUAAGUCUGACAGCCUCAGUUCCUCUCACCGAAAGCGCAGGACACGGGUCUUCAUCGACCCCAUGUCGGAAAUACCCAAACUGGAGAAGUGGUUUGCGGAAGACACCCAUCCAUCGUCCUAUAUGAUAGACAAGUACUGUGAGGAACUAAACAAGUCAGAGUAUCGCCAAAAGUUUCCAAAGUUGGAAGCCAAAAAUGUACAACUGUGGUUCAAAAAUCAUAGGGCCAAAGUGAAGCGAAUGCGAGUCUCUUCUGUUGAUUUACAUGGUAUGGAGUAUUGAGUUCAAGAAAUGUUAAAUUAUUUUCUGCACCUUUUACCCCUUUAUAUAAGGUCUACACUUGUAAAUUGUAUAUUUUCACCUAUUUUUGUAUGUUUUUCUCUUGAAUUGCUUCAUUUAAAGUUCAAGAUGAAAACACGUACAAAUACUUUACUAGAUUUAGUAUGAUUUAACAAACAAAAACCUGUUAAUUUCUUUAAAAGAAAAACUUAUUUUGAUAAACAUAUCAGGUAUUUCUGUAAAUGUCAGAUUAACAUUGAAGCUGAUGAUCUGUUGUUUAGAAGUUCAUGUAGUCUGUGAGAAAGGGGACAAAACUCGUUAUUGUACUAUUGUCAGGUUGUAUGUUUUUGUAAUGGUUAUAUCUGAGAUAUUAAUCUACGCCUCAUAUUCUGGGAUUAUUUACAAUUCUCACGUAACUACAGCAUAAUUAUUUUUCAGACUAAAUGUUCAUAUUUUACAAUGAAGUCAUAGUAUGAAGUUGGAAAUGUAUUGUUAAUUUAUAGAUCCUUUUUUAACUUUUUUUGCAUUGAUGAGCUUUUAAUAUAUAUAGUUUACAAUAUGUUCUUUGUGGUCGAAGGUGCUAUUUGAAGAAAAUCUGAAUUGCAUUUUUACAUUUAUCCAUUUGUUUUUUUUUUAAGAAAAAACUUUUUUUCAAGCAUUGUUUUCAUAACAUCACUGCCCAAACUUGUUAAUUUGUUUUGAAGUUCACAUGUGCAUGUAUGAAUCAAAAAAAGUUUUGUUUUUCCACAAAUGGAACAGAUUUAAUUAAAAAGAAAUGACAUCUUUAAUUAUCUACUUACGCACAGGUUUUAAGCUAUUUAUUAUAAUGUUACAAACAUAAGUUCAUUAUCUCCGUAUAUUUCAUUUUAUUACAACACAAAGUUAAACGUAAACUACUUGUAAAAUUUUGUCUGUUCUUCACAUUCAGUUUUCAUUCGACCAAGCUGAUACUCAAGCUUGACCAUGUAGGGGGUAAUCUAUAAUCAUGUAAGCUUCAAGCUUUCCCAGUACUGUGGAUCUUAUUUUGACUAAGUCACAAUUUCUUGUAGUUGAGCUGAACAGGGUACAGAAAAAACAAAUUCUACAUCUGUUUGAUUUUACAUUCCAUUUGACAAAACCAAAUUUGGUUGCUAAACUGAUAGGGACAAUGAACUGUAUUUAUCCCAAUACAGUCACCUAAAAAGAAUAAGGGUUUCAUUUUAGCCAUUUAUUGAUUUCAUCUCCAGAAAAUUUUCUAAUAAUAUAGAUUUUUAUUAAGAAGUGCUACACACAUACAUAUAAACAGUAAGGUUACAUUAUUUACUGUAUGAUCACUAAUACUGCAUGAAUACAAUAUUCUUUGAGGCAUUUCUAUAAUAUUUUAUCAAAGGUAUUCUAAUGUGACAUGGGGAAAAAACUUCUUGUAUAAUUUUAAGAGCAAAACAUAUGGACACAGAUUUUUUCAGGACUGUUUCAGAAAUUCUCUAUCUUCAGUUUGCAAUACUUCAUGGGUAUUUCUAACAUGAGAUUUUUCACAUAUCUAAUCAUUUUAUUUUUCUUUUUGAUGACAAAGACAAACUGUCUGCAAUUGAAGAAUAUAUGUAUAUUUUGGUCAUAAAUAUUCCAGAAUUCUUCAUCAAGAUUUAACUGGGAUAUUUCUAGGUUUGAUAAAGAUAAAUUGAUAUUCAAAAUUUCAAGUACUCAAACUGCAUGGUUCCAUAAGUCUUGGUGAAAAGUAAACAGAAUUAUUAUUGUCCUAGUAAGUGGUGAUCUGUAUUCUUUCAGAGAAUGUUUUCACGUUGUUCUCACGAGUUAGUAAACAUGUUAUUCCCUUAACCAAAGGUAAUAAUUUAUAAAUUAUAAACAUGAUGCUUAAUUGGCCUUCUGAAUGUCAAUCAACAAUACUCAAUAACUAUUUACUUAAAGCAAAAACUAAUUGGUAAUUUAAAAGUAAUUGUUUGCUUUGGUCUUUAUAUUAAAUAAUAUAGAAUCUUCUCAUUUUUGAACAUUCUUAUUAUUUAAAAUUGGAUAAACUGCAGAAAGUUGUUAAUUGACAUUAAAAGGAGUUGAUUUUCAACAAACUUGCUGAGAUAAUUCACAGCUUAGGUCUUGGUGAAGAAUUCUAUUAGAAAAAAUUGUACUGUAAAAUGGAAGAGCUUUUUGUUUGCAUGACUCCUGUAAGAAAUGCUUCACACAGACGACGGAUGAAAUGAAAAUUCAUCUGUACUACCUUCACGUGUAGGCUUCAGUUAAUCUUGCUUUUUCUAGUGUUUUAGAUUAUUGUAUACUCUUUACCCUAACAAACAUUUUUCCAGAUUAUUUAAAAUUGAAGAAUGCUGUGUCAAAUCUUUUCUUAGGAACAUCUUUAUAUAUAUAUAUAUAAUUUACUGAAUUGUCUUCAUUCUAGUAGAAUCACACAAUUUUUUUUUUUUGUUAAUGCUCUUAGAGUAGUUCGAGAUAUAAGAUUGUUUUGAGGUUAAUUCAGCUGAUUAAAAAGCUGCUAACAAAGGAAAAAGUUGAUAAUUAGAUUUGUAUACCCUGAUAUAUAGCCUAAAGUCACAUUUUGUUGUUUACACUGAAAAUUAUCUAAUUUAAUAUCGAAAAAUAACUUUCAGAACUAACAUCAGUCCCCUGAUAUUGUUCACAUAUCUUGAAAAAGUUAACCUAUGUUUACAUUAUGCUCAAUUUUAUUGUCUUGUUGAGUUUUUAAACAAGCCAUGGUUUUAUAUCUGACAACAGUGUUCCUCUUAUUCACUGAGCUCUCGUCACGAUGCUGGUUUUUCAAGUGCGACAGAAACUGGCGAAUGAAAAUUAUUUUAUCUAUGAAAAUUCAGUAACUAAACAUUCCAUGAAAAUCUUAAAAAGAGAAAUUUAUUUAUUAAGAUACAUUGUCAGUUUAUUUUUACAUUAUUAUUACCGAGUCAUCAAAUGCUAUGAGAUAGAUAUGUGAGUUUGGCGACUUAAAUUUUAUUUAUUUAUUUUUAAGGUCAGUAUUAGUUCCGAAGGAGGGCUAUUUAAAUUAUGGCUGAAGAAGAUACCGAAUUUGUUAUCAAUCUAUGAGGAAGUGCUAUAAUCAAUAUUUUAAAACAUUUUUCAAUCAAACUUUUUAUUGUAUGAAUGUCUUAAUUUUAUCUACCGAAGAUUUUUAGGCUCAUAAAUUAUUUGAAUUGCAUUUUUAUUACCUUGAUUAUGACGACAUGUAUUGUUUUUAUUUGCUACCGAAUAAAUAUUAUAUAGCUUUAUUUUACUAAGUCUUAUCCUACCGCAGUAACGAUUUAACAAUAAUUGUUAUGUUUAUCAUUCUCUAGUGCUGAAAAUUAAAAAAAAAAAAUUAAGUUAGUUUAAAGGGUUAUGGGCAAUAGUUUUGAUGUCUGUUUAACUUUUUUAAUUUUGUUCUACUCAAUUUUUUUUUCCGAUUCCUUUUACAGGAAUGUGUUCAUAAUUUGUAUUUUGGCGAUUUUUUGUGGGCUUUGUCCUCCCAUAAAAAUGUAAAUCUUUGGUGGUUGUUUGUAGGCCUUUGUUAGCUGUUUUUCUUUGCUCCUUUGUAGUUCAGAUAUUGUAGAAUAUCAUCUUUUUUGUUGACUCUAUAUUUUUAUGGAGACAUUAUAAUUAUUAUUAUUGUUUUUUAGCAUCUCUGUAAGAAAAAUUGAAAGGUAGUAGGUUUUUUUUUUUGGUUUAAAACAGGUGGAAUGAUUGCAUAUAUUCUUGUAUGUGACACUUAUUUUUUACAUUUAUGUUUCAUUCUGACGCAGAACUGAGAACGAACAAAAGAGUGGAAUUAGUAGAUAACUUGUUAAUUAUGCACUGAGAUUAAAUCUUUUGUUCUUAACAAUAGUUGCCUUUGCAUUUCAUUAUCAGGAACUUUAUACAAAAAUACAGAAGCCAAAAAACUUUGUUGUUAUGUCAGAUAUAUGCAAUUAAAAUUUGAUGGUCAGAAGUGAA